AUGCGAUUCUCACGAUUGACAACAUUACUUACCUUCAUCUCCUUCGCCGCCCUCCUGCCCUCCGUCUUCGCCGAAAGGAUCCUCCAGUCUUCCUCCCUAAACAGCUGUCAGAAACAAUCCGACUUCUCCGCCUCGCUCUUCACCAUCGUCGUAUCUGCCGACAAUGGCACCGUCACCUGUAAUGUCGCCGCCGUCGUUUCCGUCGAGGGCAAGGCCAUCUUCGACGUCGCCUUGCGCAUCUACGGAUACGAGUACAUGCGCCAGACCAUCAACCCGUGCGAGAUGGACCUCCAGGGCCUGUGUCCGAUGAAGCCCGGAAAGAUCAACAUGGAAUUCUCCUUCCCUAUCGGCGACAAGCUCGACCAAGUACCCGGCAUCGCCUUCACGAUCCCCGACCUCGACGCCACCGUCCACGCCCUGAUCAACCUGACCGACAGCGACACGACCGUCGCCUGCAUCGAAGCCGACUUCUCGAACGGUAAGACGGUCAACCUCAACGGCGUGAAAUGGGCCACGGCCGUUAUCGCAGGCAUCGGCCUCCUCUCCGCCGGUUUCAUCUCCGCAAAGGGUCACACCGACAACGCUGCCCAUCUGGCGGCCAACGCGCUGUCGCUCUUCGGAUACUUCCAGGCCCAGGCCUUCGUCGGCCUCACCGGCGUCGACAUGCCGCCCAUCGUGCAGGCCUGGACGCAGAACUUCCAGUGGUCGAUGGGUAUCGUGCGGAUCGGCUUCAUCCAGGACCUGGCGACGUGGUACCAGCGCGCCACGGGAGGCGAGGCCGCGGACCUGCUCACCUCGAUGAAGAACUACUCCGUGCAGGUCUCGAAACGCUCCCUCGACGUCAUGGAGAACUACGGCGGGCCCGUCAAGCGCGCCGUCUCGGCCAUCGCGAAGCGCUCCAACAUCAAGCUCGACAACGGCUCGUACAUCGUCUACGGAAUCCAGCGCGUGGCGUUCAAGGCCAGGAUCGAAACCACGAACCUCUUCCUCACGGGUCUCAUCAUCUACAUGAUCUUCGUCGGCUUCACCAUCGCCUGCGUGGCGGCGUUCAAGGGUCUCGUUGAGAUCGCGGCCAAGAAGGGCAUGGUGAAGGGGGACCGCUUCGUCGAAUUCCGCCGCGACUGGAAGAUCACCCUCAAGGGCGUCCUCUUCCGCCUCAACCUCAUCGGGUUCCCGCAGAUCGCCGUCUUGUGUUUGUGGGAGUUCGUGCAGCACGAUUCGCCCGCCAUCGUGGUCCUCGCCGUCUUCUUCUUCUUCGGCACGCUCUUCACCCUCAUCUGGGCGUCCUGGAAGGUCAUCCGCAUCGCGAGACAAUCGAUCCUGACUCACCAGAACCCCGCGCACGUUUUGUUCUCGAACCCGGCCAUCAUCAACAAGUGGGGAUUCUUGUACGUCCAGUACCGCGCCUCGGCGUACUACUUCGUCAUCCCCUUCAUCGCCUACAUCUUCAUCAAGUCCGCCGUCAUCGCCUUCGGACAAGGCACCGGCGCCGGACAAGCGAUCGCCCUCAUUAUUAUCGAGGCCGCUGCCUUGAUCGCCGUCAGUGCGCUGAAGCCAUUCAUGGAUAAGAGCACCAACUCGUUCAACAUCUCCAUCGCCGCCAUCAACUUCAUCAACUCCAUUUUCCUCCUCAUCUUCACGAACGUGUUCGGCACCCCCGGCAUCGUGAUCGGUGUCGUCGGCGUCAUCCUCUUCGUCGUCAACGUCAUCUUCGCCCUGGUCCUGCUGCUCAUGGUCCUGAUCUCGAGUAUCCUGGUCUUCUGGCGCGUCAAGGGCCAGCCGAUCGAGCCAAGCCAGCUCCACGAUCCCAGCGUGAUGGCGAAGCGCGACGGCACCGAGAACAAGUCCCUCCUCGACCUCGACGAGGACGACAAGCCGAUGUACAGAAGAGAGUCGGUGAGGUCGGUGAGGUCGAUGUACGGAGGAGAGAAGGCGAUGGAGGAUGGAAGGAGUCAGCCCAGGGGAGCGGCCGAUAGCCACGAGAUGUCAUAUCUGCCGUCACCGACAACACGGCCCGCAGUCAGCCCUGCGAUGCCGUUGUUCCCCGCGGAUCCGUCACUACGCCCGCUCACUCCCACAACGCCGCGCUCACCGGCCGGCAACGACCCGCCACAAAGUCCAUUUGCGACGAUGGAUGAGUUUAGGUCGAAACACAACAACAGGUGA